CGCUUAGGUUAUUCGUUAACUUCAGCGUGCCCAGCAGAGCCGCAGUGCGACGUUAUCGUUGCAAACUUGUGCGAAGUUUCAACAAAUUUACGCAUGCAAUUUCCCAUCGACGAAGAAAUACUACAGAAAUGCCGGCGUUGAAUCUCCCGGAGUGUCCAGCUCCUUUAAAGAGCAUUCAACACUUCCUGAAGGCUGCCGCAGAACAUGAUCAGCGGGAUCCUGUUGUCAGUUAUUGGUGUCGCCUACACGCUUUACAAACGGGCCUAAAACUGUCUACCAAAACGUCAGAGGAAACUGGGUUUCUUUUAAAAUUGAUGGAUUGGUUGGAACAGACGAAAAAAGCUCAGCAUGAAAACGAGGCAAUAACAAAUGAAGUUGCUGCUCAGGCUCACUUGGAGAAUUAUGCACAUAAAUUGUUCAUGUAUGCAGACAGUAAUGAUCGAGCUUCGAAUUUUGGGAAAAAUGUUAUCAAAGCGUUCUAUAGCGCCGGCGUAAUAUAUGACGUGUUGACGACAUUUGGUGAGCUUAGCGAGGAAGCUGCUCAAAACAGAAAGUACGCCAAAUGGAAGGCGGCUUACAUACAUAAUUGCUUGAAGAAUGGUGAGACCCCUGUUGCUGGUCCAAUGAAAGGCGAAGAUGAACAAAAUGAAGAUGCAGAUGCCGAUGCUGCUUCCGGACCACCUGGAAACAUACCUUCAACUUCUGGUUUAGAUGCUGAUGGAAAUGGUGCUGAUGAUCCUGAGACAGAACCAGAACACAACUCAGAUGAGGAGAACCAGGAAAAUGAUGAUGAAGGGGGAAUCUCACAGCCUGGGCCACCAUCUGGCACAGAUGCCUUUGGUUUUCCGUCUGUCCCUCAGAGUUCGGCACAGAAUUUCCCAACACCACCCAGUAAUCCGAGUCAAGGUAAUUUGCCUUACCCAAAUUUACCUAGUUUCAAUAGCACCCCGAUUAGUCCAGCUCCUUAUAAUCCUACACCGGCACCCCCUUCGACCCCCACUAACGCAACACCGAGCCAACCAUCAGCUGCAGACUACAAAUCUACACCAACCGCGGAGGGUGAGAUUGAAUUUUGGCGUGGAGUUCCUUUGAGCAUAGAACAGAUGAACAAGGCACAAAAAUAUGUCAAAUGGGCUGGAAGUGCAUUAAACUACGACGAUGUGUCAACAGCAGUUUUGAAUCUGAGGAAAGCGUUACAGCUUUUGACCACCGGCCAGGACCCUGCUUAGUUGUAAAAAAAAAUUGUUGCAUUUAUACACACACAUACCUAUUUGUCCACUCGGUAAACUGGCAACAAACGCAUCACUUGACACACGUCCUUUCUACAACCUUAAUUUCAUACCUGGUGGUCUUUAAACACAAUACUUAUUUAAUUGAGUUGAAAAAAAUCGACAAAAUAAAUUGUUUUUCUUAACUGUGAUAAAUUUGAACUAAUUCUUGUUCGUAUUGUGUAUUUCAAUCCACUUUUUGUAACAAUCUUGACUCGUUUCAUCCCUUUAUCUCUGGAUGAAAUCUACAGUGUCAGCCAUUGCUUGUAUAAAUAUAGUGUCAAGUUAUGUUGUCCAGUAUCAGUA